AUACAAUGUCCGCGUUGCACUGUGAAUGGCAUUUAUGACGCGGACUGCAAAAAGUUGUGUUCGACUAAAAUCUCUGUCAGAAAUCGAGGAAUAUUGCUGGAAAACAAGAUGAGUGAGCCUGCGGCGACAACAGCGGCUGAUACCGCUGUCGUUCCAUCGAUGGGCAACAAUAAAAUACACUUUUCCAAGGAAGUGAAGCAGGUUAUAGACAAGGUCCUGAAAACGGACGAACAGGAUCCCAUGGAUGCCCCCGAUUUCAAUACUGUAGACUACAUCAACCAAUUGUUUCCCAAUGAGCAGUCGCUGGCCACCAUCGAUGAGACAAUUCAGCGAAUGCAAUGCGAAGUCUCGCUAAUCGAUGAUAAUAUUCGCUCUGUGGUGCGUGGGCAGACGAACACGGGCCAGGAUGGGCAACUAGCGCUGUGCGAGGCACAGAAGGUGAUCAGUUCACUAUACAGCCAUAUUAUUGAUGUGAAAACUCGUGCCGAACGCACCGAGGAAAUGGUCAAGGAAAUUACGCGUGAUAUAAAGCAAUUGGAUUGUGCUAAGCGAAAUCUGACCUCAGCUAUAACUACUCUGAAUCACUUGCACAUGCUUGUCGGGGGCAUUGAGAGCUUGAAUGAACUAAUUGUGCGUCGCUCCUAUGGCGAGAUUCUCAAUCCAUUGCAAGCCAUUACCGAAGUGAAUCAGCAUUUCCAGCAGUAUUCGGACAUUGAGGAAAUCAAGAAUCUCUCCCAAAGCGUGGACAAAAUUCAAGUGACACUGGCUCAGCAAAUCACCGAGGAUUUUAAGGAGGCCUUUGCCAGCAAACCUUCCACGCAACACAAAUUGGGCUUGAAUCAAUUGGCGGAUGCUUGCAAGGUGAUGUCUGUGCUGGACGCCAAGGUAAAGAAGGAGCUGCUCAAAUGGUUUAUAGCCCAACAGCUGGAGGAGUAUAUGCAUUUGUUUCACGAGAAUCAGGACAUUGCCUGGUUGGAUAAGAUCGAUAAACGCUAUGCUUGGCUUAAGCGUCACUUGCUCGACUUCGAGGAUAAAUAUGGCGCUGUGUUUCCGCUCGACUGGGAGGUGUCCGAGCGCAUUACGGUAGAGUUUUGUCGCCAGACACGUCAACAGCUAUCGCAGAUCAUGGCCAAGCGAACGAACGAGAUUGAUGUACGCCUGCUGCUGUUCGCCAUUAAUAAGACGCAAGCCUUUGAGCAAUUGCUCUCCAAACGUUUUACGGGCAUCACCUUGGGCGCCACGCCCGCCGAGCAGACGCGUGUGCUCACACUUCCAGCGACAGCGGAGGCGCCGCUCACCGCAACUGUAUUCCACGACCAGAUUGGUCAAUGCUUUAAGCCACAUUUGGAUAUUUAUAUACGCAGCAUUGAUCGCAAUCUUUCCGAGUUGCUAGAGAAAUUCAUUGAGAUGUCGAAGGAGCCGUACAAGUUUGCAGAGGCCAAGACCACCGUCUACCCCAGUUCGGGUGAUCUUUUUGUCUUCUACAAGAAGUGCAUGGUGCAGUGUAAUCAGCUGAGCAACGAACAGCCCAUGUACGAUCUGGCACUGGUGUUCAAAAAGUAUUUACGCGAAUACGCUGCCAAAGUGCUGGAGGGCAGCACGCCAAAGGUGGUGACCAGCAGCACGGGCAGUUCCAUUGGCAAAAGCGUUUCGUUGCUGACCCGCGACAUGCAGAAUCUGUCCACAGCUGCCGGCCAGGUAUUCCACAACUUUCUGAAAGAGGGCGACACUCAGCGCUUCGCUCGGGAUGAUCUUGUGCGUAUUUGCUGUGUCUUGACCACAGGUGAAUAUUGCCUGGAGACGGUGCAACAGCUGGAGGAUAAACUGAAGGAGAAAGUAACGCCUGCUUAUGUUAGCAAAAUAGAUAUGAGUGAGGAGAAGGAUGUGUUCCACCGCAUCAUUUCCAACUGCAUACAGUUGCUCGUCCAGGAUCUAGAGGCUGGCUGUGAGGCUUCUUUGCAGGCCAUGGCCAAGGUGCAGUGGCAGCACAUCAGCAACGUGGGCGAUCAGAGCGCGUUCAUUAGCAGCAUUUGCAGCAAUUUCAAGCAAACGGUUCCCACCAUACGCGAUACACUCGCCAGCUCCCGCAAAUACUUCACACAAUUCUGUCAUCGCUUUGUUGCCGCUUUCAUACCCAAGUUCAUCAAUGUGCUCUACAGAUGCAAGCUGACUCUGUCGGAUGGCUCCAACAAUGUGCUGGGCUGUGAGCAGCUGCUGCUGGACACGCAUUCGCUGAAGACGGCGCUGCUGGAGCUGCCUUCAGUAGGUUCGAGUGUGAACCGCAAGGCGCCGACGAGCUACACCAAAGUUGUGGUCAAGGAUAUGACGCGUGCCGAAAUGAUCAUCAAAGUGGUCAUGACGCCCGUCCAGCCGCCGGCGCAUUUUACACAGCAGGUGCUGAAGCUACUCCCGGACAUAACCAUAGCCGAGUACCAGAAAAUAUUGGACAUGAAGGCGGUGAAGCGAGUCGAUCAGCUGCAGCUCAUUGAUCUGUUCAAGCACACAGCCUCCGCGGCGGCGGUUAGUGGACUGAUGGAUGCACCAGCGAGCGAAGAGGAGACACCAACGGUUACUGACGCGCCUGCGCCUACCACGGAGGAGCCAGAGGCAAUAGAAAAUCCUACAGCCAACGCCACAGAGACAGCAAGCACUACCGCAGCAAAUGCCACGCCUAAGCGCGCCUUCAUCUUCAGCGUGGGCAGCUUCACGGGCAGUGCGGACAAGAAUGCCGAUGGCAGUUCCCAAACGGGCAUCCGCAAACUGGAGAGCCUGCUCAAGAAACGGUUUCCCUAGUCAAAUGCGCUAAUUAGUAAAUACUAAAUCUAACAUUCCAUUCAAUUAGUUCGAUGUAAUUCUGAAUGGAAACAAAACCUGUUUCCCUCGAAAGCCUAACUUAAAGUUAGUAUUCAUUAUGAACUGACCAGAUUUCUAAUAUAUACAUAUAUUUUUAAGCCUUUUCUAGGCCUUCGAAAAAAAUUGAUAAUAAUAUUAAAAGACACAAAAUAAGUUUACUAAA